AUGACCCAUGUUGGGUGCAAACCUAGUCAAGUUCUGGACCUUCUGGAACAUCUCGGUGGAGGCAGUACAACUGUCGUAUUGAAUAAGAAGGAUACGUACAACUACCCGAUCAGUGAAAGGUUGAAACGGAUUGAACUAGGGGAUAAACACAGUAUCAAUCAAGGUGGAGCUCUAACAAGAAUAUUUUGGCACGACGGUAUAUCAAAAGCCGACUAUGAGGAGUUUGGUGAUGUCUUAGUAUUUGACAGCACCUACAAGACCAACAUAUAUUGUUUUCCAGUAGUGCUGUUCUCCGGAGUCAACUCCCAUCUGUGCGCAUGUAUUUUUGGAGUUGCUAUUAUGUACAAGGAGACGACUCAACAAUACACGUGGUUGCUGCAGACUUUGCUAGAAUUCAUGGGAGGAAAGCCACCCAAAGCUGUUUUGGCAGAUCAAGACGGGCAAUGGGCGCGGCCAUUAGGAUUGUGUUUCCUGAGGCAGCCCAACGGCUUUGUUGCUGACAUAUUUCACGUAAUGUCGAAUCAAACAUAA